AUGCCCCAGAACCACCCGGAGACUGCAGAGAAGAAGGAGCCAAGGAGAGAGCAUGAGCUAUCAUCCGCUGCUCUGGGAGCCCCCAUCUCCCCAGCUGAGCCCAUCAGUCAAGCCUACAGCCUGGCGCUCUACAUGCAGAAGAAUACUUCAACACUGCUGCAGACUUAUUUUCUCCUGCCAGCCGCCCUCUGCCUGCUGACCCUGCUGUUGCCACGCAGUCUGGGAGCCCCCAUCUCCCCAGCUGAGCCCAUCAGUCAAGCCUACAGCCUGGCGCUCUACAUGCAGAAGAAUACUUCAACACUGCUGCAGACUUAUCUCCAGUGCCAAGGCAGCCCCUUUAGUGAUCCUGGCUUCUCAGCCCCAGAGCUCCAGCUCAGCAGCCUGCCUCCUGCCACCAUCUCCUUCAAGACCUGGCAUGCGCUGAAUGACAGGGAGCGUCUGAGCUGUACCAAGGGGCCCUUCCUUGCCUUGACCCAGCACCUCCAGCUCGUGGGGGAUGACCAGAGUGACCUGAACCCUGGCAGUCCCAUCCUUCUGGCUCAGCUCGGCGCUGCAAGACUCAGGGCCCAAGGCCUGCUGGGCAACAUGGCUGCCAUCAUGACUGCCCUGGGCCUGCCUAUCCCCCCAGAAGAGGACACUCUCGGGCUUGUCCCCUUCGGGGCCUCGGCCUUCGAGAGGAAAUGUCGAGGUUAUGUAGUAACCCGGGAAUAUGGCCAUUGGACUGACCGAGCUGUGAGGGACUUGGCUCUGCUCAAGGCCAAAUACCCUGGGUAG